AUGAGGUGUUGGAUUGCUGCUGUGCGGACGCAUUAUUUGGUUCUGCUAUUCUUCACCCUGGUGAUGUAUUUACCACGUCUGUGUUUGAGCUACGCGGUCUUUUUCCUGGCUCAGCUCCUUCGCCUCGUUGCUCGCAUCACAGGGGUGGCAACAGGCCGCCCCGUGGCCAAUCGUCGAAUUCUUGUAGUUACGGAUUAUCUGCCGCCGCAGACGCAUGGCAUCGCCAUCCGCUGCCAUGCAUACAUUAAGGAGAUGCGGGCCAAGGGCCACGAGGUGAUCGUAUUCAGCACUGCCUACGAGGCCUCCAAGGAGACAUCCUUUGACCAUCCCAACAUUCCAUCGGUUGUUAACGCUUUCAACCUCAAGAAUAGGAUUGGCUAUGCACCUGGAGUCAAGCUGGCUUGGUUUCUGGGUGCUCACACGUGGGAUGUGGUUCACUUGGUCUACCCCUCUCUCAUUGGCACCUUCGUUCUGUCCACAUGCGCCUGGCGACGGAUUCCCGUUUACUGCUCGCACCACGUGGAGAUGAACAUGUUCGCCUACAAGCUGGUACCGAUCAGGUUUGUGGCUGAUUUUGGCUUGCGAAUGUAUGAUAUGCUUGGGCUUUGGCCGGCCAUCAAGUGGGGUACGCUUAACUCAGCGCCAACCCUGUGCUUCGCCAGGGAUCACCUUGGCAAGGAGCACGAGGCCAAGCUUCGGCGGGUACCAUCUGGAACGCACGACACUUUCACUCCGACUCCUGCCUCGAGCACGGAACGUCGAGAUGUCCGUUUGCGCAAGUUUGGCGUUGACAGUGAGGAUGAGAAGGUCCUCCUCAUGGUGCAGCGCCUUUCUGCAGAAAAGGGCACCGAGCGAGUUUUCCAGGCAUUGCUGCCCAAGGAGGAAGGAGGCCAGGGCGUCAAGGGCACGCUGGCCAUUGCUGGCGACGGCCCUUCCAAGGACUUCCUUGUCAAGGAGGCUACAAGGCUUCGCUUGCGGGUGGUGUUUUUGGGUAACGUCCCUCACCAGGAGCUUCCGCAGCUUUACAGAUCUGCGGAUUGCUUCGUGACCAUGAGCCUGUCAGAGACCUUUGGCCUCACAUGUCUUGAGGCCAUGAUGUGCGGAUGUCCUGCAGUGAUGCCAUUCUGCGCCGUCUUUGAUGAGAUCUGGUUGGACAAAGACAAGCCGCUGACCCCCAAGGAGUGGCACUACAACAUUGAGUCCACUGAAGAGUUUGCAGCGGCGAUGGCGACCGCUCAAGCCAGUGGUCGAAAAUACCUGCAAGAUCAUCCAGUCCGGAUGACCUGGAAAGAUGCUGCAGAAAACCUCCUCGAGCAGUACGAGGAGUGCAUCAAGAUGAAUCAGAAAAAGAGGGAAACUCUGCGCGAAGUGGUACUGUUUUUGGACCACUGCCCGCUGCUCAGAGGAGCGAGGAUGACGCAUGUAAGGGACAGCUCAAGGUUAAUGCAGCAAGGACGAAGAUGGCUUGCUUGCAUCACAUCCGCAGUUCCACGCUGGCAGAUGCACACCUGGCAAAGUAAUUGUUCAUCUUCUUUCCUCCUGAAAGAAGCUGCAUACCUCAGGCAUUCUUUCUCAAACCUGACAGCCCUCAGCCCUUGCACCUGUACGUGCCCAGGACCUUUGAGGGCCCAGCUAUUUUGCAAGCCACCCCAGACCCCAAUCCGGAACCCUACCCUACCCUCUGAGCCCAAGCCAACGUGGCCUCAACCCUGA